CGCGGGCCGUGGUCGCCGUUGGAAGACAAGAAGCUCUUGGACUUGAUCGCGGUGUUCGGGCCCACUAACUGGGUGCGCAUUUCCAACUCGUUGGCCACCCGCACUCCCAAGCAGUGCCGCGAGCGGUUCCACCAGAACCUCAAGCCGUCGUUGAAUCGCGCACCCAUUCUGGUGGAGGAAGGCGAGUUGAUCGAGUCGUUGGUGGCGAAGUAUGGCAAGAAAUGGGCAGAGAUUUCCCGCCACAUGAACGGGAGGUCCGACAAUGCCAUCAAGAACUGGUGGAAUGGGGGUGCUAAUCGU